CGUCGAGUUCAUCGUUCGGGUGUGAAAACUUGGAAAGGGCGAGAUAUUUGAUCAAAGCGAAUAUAGCGCGGCAAUUGGGAGAGAAAGGUGGAGUGACGUAAUUUUGAAUCAUUUUGGCUGAUCGGCGGCGGGAAGUUGAAGAAACAGUCAGUGACUGGCUUCUUUUCGCUAGUUAAACAUCUCUGCCCAGAAGGCAACAGCUGUUAUCGUUACUUCAGUGUUCAGUUCAACACUGUCAGUUUGUAUAGACUGUGCACAAUCUAUGGGGAAAAUUUUAAACAGUGCAACACUUGAGAAUUAAUCCAGUGAAUUCAUUUGAAACUGACAUGCCGAAGGCAAAAUUGUGUGUUCGGUUUUAUUACGCUUUAUUUCUUUAUUCGAGUUCCAUUUUCCUUGGAGGACAUUAUUCCCAUGCUGCUGACGUGUUGAAUUCCGGCUCAACGCCCGUCGGAUGGCCGGCGGCCCAGUUCCGAGAAGAAAUGGAACAAUUGAAAUUUGCAUACAAAGAAUGCGUGGGCGAACUGCGCCAACAGAGUCUGUCCAUCCAGAGAUUACAAGAUCUCGUGGAAACCCAAGGCGGAAUGAUAAAAGAGCUGGAAGGAAUUACCACUCAACAGCAGAAAGAGAUUGAAAAGCUGGCCCUGAUAACGGGCAGCAAUCUCACCAAACAAUCUCCUCCCGGGCAUGUGAGUAGCAGCAGUCCGCCGAGGCCGUCAGAUGUCGCAACUGGACAGGGCACGCCCGAUAAAACCAACAGCAUUUUAAAAUCUUGCGAUGAAAUUCGAUCCCAUCAACAGUCGCCAGGCUCAUCUCAAAUAAGUGGCCCUCGCUGGAUCGAUCCUGACGGCCAUGGCGGGGACGGCCCCGUCCAGGUUUUCUGUGACCUGUCAACCGGAGCGACUAUAAUUUCUCACGAUAGUGAAAAUAUGGUAAAAGUCUCGUCCUGUUCCAGUCCCGGAUGUUUCAAACGGCCCGUACGUUACCACAAUGUCACCGUCAAUCAAAUGGUUGCCCUGACACGGAUCUCGGCUGUGUGCCAACAGCAGCUUAAAUAUGAUCCGUGCACGGAAGAUUCGUUCACCAGGAAGCGAGCGUACGCCGGAACAAGCGGAACUAGUUCGUCGUGGUGGACGAAUCGGAACGGUGUCCAGCGUUUCAAUUGGCCAGUCAAAGUGAAAAACGACGCUGGCGUUGUGAUGAAUGAUGUCAAUUUCAUUAACAAUCUUCAAGAUCUACCCGUAAUUGAAUUGAAUUUCGGGCCUGAAUUUGGAGUGUCAGGAAUAUGCUCGAGCCAAUUUCAAUUGGGGAAACUCAUUUGCUAUGGGCGUAGUCCAGCAGCGACUCCAGAAAUUUCGCAUUCAAGAGACUCACAAAAAGGUGCGGAAAUUCCAGCCUCUCGUGGGGGUCAUCCUUCAAGGAGCGAAUCAAAGUCAUCGAAACGAUCGCGAUACCGCUCCAGUUCUAGAAAUUCACAAACAGGCCCGGUAGAACCAGCAGCUGGGUUGUCUAACGCAGGCUGUACUUUCGAUCUGCUGGAAAGUUCUCCACAGUAUCCGCCCCAUUUGAUCGACGAGAACAACAACAUUAUCCAGCCGGUUCUUCAAGGCCGAUCCCGGAUCAUCACGCUGGGCAUCGACGAGCAGAUAACGAUCGGCUGUCUGGGCAACCGCCACGACAAACCGGCCAGCAACAACACGCUGAAAGUCACCGGCCGGCAGCUGAACGAGGCCGUCUGCACGAUCAACUCGACUCUCCGGGUCAACCAAGCCGAGCUGUCCUACUCCCAGCUGGGGUGCACCAAUCAGAACAAGGAGAUCCUCAGAGAGGACGGCCCUUGCGCCGACGGGCGGGGAAUUUUGGUCCGGGUCGGCUGGAACGUGGAUUCCCAUUUCAUCCCUCUGUACGAAACCUGUCACGAUAAAAUCGGUUUGAUUAAUUAUUAUUCGACGCACAACAUCAUCGGCCGGUCGGUGGACGCCGACGAUAAAUCCAACACCCGGCCGAGUUUCCGCCAGUCCGGAUACUAUCCGGGCCUGGACGUCAACGGGGCUUUCGGCCAGCCGCAGCAGAACAAAACCAUCAGCCGAGUUGUCGGGGGUUCGCCAAUUCUGCUGGCCAAAUAUUUCAACCAGAAGAAGAACUUUUUCUUAGCCAGAGGCCAUCUGGCACCCGACGGCGAUUUCAUCGACGCCGGCAGCCAAGACGCUACUUAUUACUAUUUGAAUAUGGCGCCACAGUGGCAAUCGUUCAACGGUGGAAACUGGAACGUGCUGGAAUCGGCGGUGCGGAAAAUCGCCACUACGCGGGAUCUCGACCUGAUCGUCCACACUGGAACGUUCGGGAUGAUGACGUUGACUGACGCCAAUGGCCAUCAGCAGCCGCUUUACUUAACGUUCGACAAGAACAACAAUGGCGUCAUCCCCGUGCCCAAGUAUUACUGGAAAUUGAUUCACGAUCCCGUCGCCGAAACUGCCACGGCCGUUCUGGGCUUCAAUGAUCCGCAUAUGGAGCGAAUCCUGCCGGGAGACAUUCUCUGCCCGGACGUUUGCAGUCAGAUUCCUUGGAUUCAUUCGCUCAACUGGAAGAUCAAUGACAUUUCCAAAGGUUACAUGUUCUGCUGCACGGCGGAGGAACUCCAUAAGGCCAUUUCUUUUGCUCCCAAUCUAAUUGCCCCGUUGUUUCUCUGAAAUUUGAAUCGAAUCUGAUUGGGGAAACCGUUAAUUCGAUUGCAUUUAAUGAAACCAUGACGCUUCAAUAUAAAAUUAUGUUGACCAUUUAA